CGGGCCGGGAGAGAGAGAGAGAAUUUGUGUUUUUCGAUUUUUCUGUGAGUGUUGAAGUGAGAAGAGAUAUGGGUUACUGGAAUUCGAAGGUUGUUCCAAAGAUCAAGAGAGUUUUUGAGAAAAAUGGGAACAGGAAGGCUGCUGCUGAAGCAUGCAAAUCCUUUGACGAUUCGAAGGAAGAGAUCAACAAGGAGUUUGAAGAGAAGAAAACGGACCUCCAGCCCAAAGUAAUCGAAGUUUAUGAAGCUUCCUCCGCUGAAAUCAAGACUUUGGUCAAGGAGCGUACGGAUGAAGGAAUCAAGAAGAACCCCGAAGCAGUUAAAGCAUUUCUCGAAGAAUUAGAGAAAAUAGAGUUCCCCGGGUCGAAGCAGGUCUCUGAAGCAUCUUCCAAGGUUGGGCCAGUGCUAAUCUCUGGUCCGGUUCUGUUUGUGUUGGAGAAGGUGUCGACCUUCGUAGUCACAGAAGAGAAACCAGCAGCAUCAACGGAGGCUGCGACAGAGACAACAGAGGCAGAGACUCAAACUGAGACUAUUACAACAACGACUACACCACCACCAAUAACGGAGGAGACAUUAAUAAGUGUGAAAGACAAAGAGAUAGCCACAGAAGAAGUGAAGAAAGAGGAGGAGGUGGUGGUAGUGAAAGUCACAGAACCUGCAGCCGCUGCUCCGGUCGAGGAGACCAAGACAGAGAAGAAGAAAACUGAUGAAACGGCUGAACCCGUCGCUCCUGCCCCUGCUCCUGCUUCAUCUGAACCACCCAAGGCCGUAGAAGCCGUAGUCGUACCACCAAAGCCUUGA